AUGUUGCCCACCCUCCGCGCGACCUCCCUCCGCGCCGUCCGCAGUGCGCCUCGCGCGCGUGCCCUCGUCCGUGGUCUCCAGACCGACGCCGACAAGAGCGAGCUCACUGGCCACGUCCCGGACAAGCACGAUGAGCCUUUCAGCAUCCGUCUCCACGACGAUAGCUUCCAGUCGUACAAGUGCGAUGCCCCCUCGACCGAGAUCUCUGUGACCAAGGGCGAGCUGCUGCACAUGUACGACCAGAUGACCACCAUGCGCAGGAUGGAGCAGGCUGCCGACGCCCUCUACAAGGCCAAGCUUAUCCGCGGUUUCUGUCACCUUGCCAUCGGCCAGGAGGCCGUCUCCGUCGGCAUGGAGCACGCCAUCACCGAGAGCGACCGUGUCAUUACCUCGUACCGUUGCCACACCUUUGCUGUCCUCCGUGGUGGUUCCAUCAAGGGCGUGCUUGCUGAGCUCAUGGGUCGUGAGGCCGGUAUGUCGCGCGGCAAGGGCGGUUCGAUGCACAUCUUCACCCCCUCGUUCUUCGGCGGUAACGGUAUUGUCGGCGCCCAGGUCCCCCUCGGUGCUGGUAUCGCCUUCGCCCAGAAGUACCUGAAGCAGCCGGCCUGUACCUUCGCCCUCUACGGUGACGGUGCUUCCAACCAGGGCCAGGUCUUCGAGGCCUACAACAUGGCCAAGCUCUGGAACAUCCCCUGCGUCUUUGUUUGCGAGAACAACAAGUACGGCAUGGGUACCUCGGCUGAGCGUUCGUCGAUGAACACCCAGUACUACACCCGUGGUGACCAGAUUGCCGGUAUCCAGGUUAACGGCAUGGACAUUCUCGCCGUCAAGAAGGCGUGCGAGUUUGCCAAGGAGUGGACUGUCUCGGGCAAGGGUCCCCUUGUCGUCGAGUUUGUCACCUACCGCUACGGUGGCCACUCGAUGUCCGACCCCGGAACCACCUACCGUACCCGUGACGAGGUCCAGCAGAUGCGUUCGACUCACGACCCCAUCGCCGGCCUCAAGAAGUACAUUCUCGACUGGGGAGUGGCCGACGAGUCGGCCCUCAAGGCCAUGGACAAGAAGGCCAAGGAGGAGAUUGCCCAGGCCGUCGAGGAGGCCAAGCAGUCGCCCAUGCCCGGCCUCCACGAGUUCUGGACCGACAUCUACUACGCCGGUUCCGAGCCCAAGCGCAUGCGCGGCCGCGUGAAGGACGAGUUCCACGACUACAACUAA